UCAUAAACCGUGGAAUGAAUUUCCGAGUUUGUAGUUCAGGACAGGAUGGCUGCACCGUGGUGGCCCGGGUUGCUCCCGGUUUUGUGGCUGUUCGGGGUGUUUGAGGCGGUGUUUUUACUAGACUCUGGUAUGCUGUUCCCCCGGGAGUCUUCCUCCCGAGAGGUGAAGGAGCUGGGCGGUCUGUGGGACUUCAGGGCGGACAAAUCACCAAGCCGGAAUCAGGGCUUUGAUGAGGCAUGGUACAAGACAAGGCUGGCAGAGAAUGGUCCAGUGAUCGACAUGCCAGUCCCUGCCAGCUACAACGACAUCACACAGGACCCUGCUCUGAGAGAUUUUGUUGGCUGGGUGUGGUAUGAGCGAGAGGCAGUGGUGCCUGCACGCUGGAUCAACGAUGAAGGGACAAGAGUUGUUUUGAGAGUGGGAAGCGCUCACUAUUACGCAGUCGUGUGGGUGAAUGGGGUGAAAGUGAUGGUGCAUAAAGGUGGCCAUCUUCCUUUUGAGGCUGAGAUCGGCAGUUUACUCCGCGCUGACCCGUCUAAGACAUGCAGGAUCACCAUCGCUGUUAACAACACUCUGACUCUGGACACGCUCCCUCCAGGAACCAUCCAGCACAUGAACGACCCCUCCAAGUAUCCUGAAGGAUUUUUUGUGCAAAACAUCUACUUUGAUUUCUUCAACUAUGCUGGCAUACACCGUCCUGUGUUACUGUACACCACUCCUAGGGCCUACGUUGAUGACAUCACCGUGGUGACUGACUUCUCUGAUAAUACUGGCUUAGUCAAAUAUAAAGUGUCAGUGAAAGGAGCCUCCUCUGCCACCCUGAAGGUCACUCUGAUGGACAAAGACGGUCACUGUGUGGCCUCCUCCAGUGAGCCAUCUGGAGUGCUCAAAGUCGUAGAUGUCAAGCUAUGGUGGCCGUAUUUGAUGCAUGAAAAUCCAGCAUAUCUGUAUUCACUGGAGGUUCGUGUUUUGGCAUCUGAUAAAGGGACAACAUCUGAGGACGUUUAUGCUCUACCAGUCGGCAUCCGCACAGUCAGAGUCACCAGCAGCCAGUUUCUCAUCAAUAACAAGCCCUUCUACUUCCAUGGAGUCAAUAAACAUGAGGAUGCUGAUAUUCGAGGGAAAGGUUUCGACUGGCCGCUGGUCGUCAAAGACUUUAACUUAUUGAAGUGGCUGGGGGCCAACUCGUUCCGCACCAGCCAUUACCCGUACGCCGAGGAGAUCCUGCAGAUGUGUGACCGUCACGGCAUCGUGGUGAUAGACGAGUGCCCGGGGGUUGGCAUCAAAGACAUUCGCAGUUUCGGAAACUCCUCUCUGACCCAUCACCUGCUUGUCAUGGACGAGCUCGUACGGCGGGACAAGAACCAUCCCUCUGUGGUCAUGUGGUCUGUAGCCAAUGAGCCGGCUUCUGAGAUGCCGCCUGCUGAAAACUAUUUCAAGACAUUGAUAAAGCAUACCAAAGCUCUGGACUCUACCAGACCUGUCACUUAUGUCACAGACAGUAACUACGCCAGAGACAAAGGGGCUCCCUUUGUGGAUGUCAUCUGUGUGAACAGUUACUUCUCCUGGUAUCAUGACCCAGGACACAUGGAGGUCAUUCCCAUCCAGCUCAACACUCAGUUUGAGAGCUGGUACGGAAAGUACCAGAAACCCAUCAUUCAGAGCGAGUAUGGAGCAGAUGCAGUCCCGGGACUUCACAAUGACCCGCCCAUGAUGUUUACAGAGGAGUACCAGAAGGCGGUCCUGCAGAGCUACCACAACGUGUUUGACCAGAAAAGGAAGCAGUAUGUCAUUGGUGAACUCAUCUGGAACUUUGCCGACUUCAUGACUGCACAAGGGAUCACCCGUGUGGUGGGGAACAAGAAGGGUAUCUUCAGCAGACAGCGGCAGCCUAAAUCAGCUGCAUUCCUCCUGAAGGAGAGAUACUGGAGACUGGCAAACGAGACAGGCAAGCUACCUCUGUGGGCCAAGUACCCCUGCUCACUCUGACACCCAGACCAGGACAGACUAUAUCCCAUGUAGACUCUAUGCCUUCUUGGUAAAUGCUUUUUACUGCUGAAAAUAAAGACAAGACCAUUAGCUUUGCUUUUUUGCAACAUGAACUAAGCUAACACUGUAAUCUGGAGCAGUUCAAUCCAGCAGUUUGUGACAUUUUUAGCACAAUUUUGAUGGUCCUAAAGCUCUGCUGUGUCUUUUAUGGUGCAAAUUAUAUUUGAUGGCAAAAGUUAUAUUUGUGAUAUCUGUGUCUUAAGACACACCUGGGGGGAGGUGAGUGUUUCAGAUUUGUGAGGAUUUGCUAUCAUAAAGAGGUUAGAUAUUAAAUUGCUUCUUGGGUUAUGUGAUAUGAGCAUACCUGGUUGAAGAGCACAGUGACACUAAGAUGAGGAGUCACCAUUCGAUCUCCUCUUUUUUUAGGAAACAUUUCAAACAAAAUCUAUCAGAAGGUGUUUUAGCAGUUCGAUAUCAAAACAUAUCUCUCAUAUCAGUGCUUUUUAGGGAUGAAAGAACUUCACACAUCUAAUUUGAAUGAAAAUGCUGAAACCAAUCAAGAGCUUAUUUUAUUUUUGUAUGUGUAAAUCAAGAGAAAGAAUGUCAUUUGAUAUAAAUCAAUGUAUAUUAAAGACCUAACAAGAACGCUA